UCGAAGUGAUAAUUUGAAAGUUCAUGAACGGACUCAUACUGGAGGACAACAGUUCCAGUGUGGAAUCUGUGGGAAAUCUUUCAGUCGAAGAGAAAAUUUGAAUCGUCAUGAGCGAGCUGGUGCAUUCAUAUACCUGACAAUGGCCAACAAUGAUGAGAUUCAUACUGGAGGACGACCAAAGUGCGAAAUCUGCUCGAAAUCUUUCGCUAAUAAACAAACUUUGAAAGUGCAUGAGAGAAUCCAUACCGGAGAAAAACUGUUUCAAUGUACAUUCUGUCUGAAAUCUUUCACACAAACUCAGACUCUGAAACGUCACGAAAGGAGUCAUUCUGGAGAAAAACCUUUUCAGUGUGGAACAUGUUUGAAAUUCUUCAGUCGCAGCGAUAGUUUGAAAGUUCAUGAACGGACUCAUACUGGAGAACAACCGUUUCAGUGUCGCAUUUGUUUCAAAUCUUUCACUCAAGCUAAUACUUUGAAGAAUCAUGAAAGGAGUCAUACUGGAGAGAAGCCAUUUCAGUGUUCACUAUGUUUGAAAUCUUUCACUCAGAAGAAAUAUUUGAAAAUCCACGAAAGAUGUCAUACUGGAGAGAAGCCCUUCCAGUGCUGUAUAUGUUUGGAAGUUUUCAGUCGGAGUGAUAGUUUGAAAGUUCACUUACAGAGGCAUACUGAAGGAUGUCAUUUUCUUGCUUUUUGA